AUGCUUCGUCUAGCCGUUUUAGCCAAUAUUUUAAUUUUGGUAAGAAUUUUUGAAAUUUCAAAUUUGCCACCAAACAAAUCUACAAUUUGUUUUAGAGCGCAUUUGCUCAAGAUUGCUCAUCACCGCAAGGAACGCGAGCUGCGUUCGGAGGGUAUUUGCAAUGUAUCAAGGAGGGUUUGGAUGCGGAUUAUGGGAAUUAUGAGAAUGAGAUUCGAGAGCAUUCGAAGUGAGUUUAGACCGCUAGCUUCCGCGAAGCGGACACGCCUAGAUUCAAGAUUAUGCCUAGCCUAAAAAUCUGGAAUUAGACUUGUCUAUAAUUUUUCUGAUCUUCCACCAGAAUUUUGAUUUUCAGAUUUUGAUCUUGAUCUUUUGAUAUUUUUCAGAAAUCUGGAAGUUACAAGUCUGAAUCUGAAUUUUUUUUGAUUUUUAGCCUGACCUUCAGAUCUUCAGAUCUCAAAUUCAAUUAUGGGUUGAGUCAUAAAAAUAAAUAGACAAAAAAAUCGCGAUUAAUUUCACGUUUUUUGUCAAUUAAUCGCAUUUUUUCAGAAAUGAAUGCGAUUAAUUGACAAAAAACGUGAAAUUAAUCGCGAAUUUUUCGUCAAUUUAUUUUUAUGACUCACCCCAUUAAAUUUUCAGCCUGACCUUCAGAUCUUCAGAUGUUCAGUGUGAACUUCAGAUUUAUAGAUUCAGAUCUCGGAACUUCUUGAGAUUCUUAUCUUGAUCUUCGGAUUUAUUUGGAAUCUUGAAUUUUGAUUUAGGAUUUUUAUCAGAUUUCUAGCCAGCCUGACCUUCAGAUCUUAAUAUUAGAUUUUCAGUGAGAGAUCUUUUAUGUCAGAUCUUUAGAUGUUCAGUGAGAACUUCAGAUUUAAAAAUUUAAGCCUUGGAGCUUUAUUUUUGGCUAGGAUUCUUCAUUUUUUGAAUAUUUUUAGAGAAAUUCAGAUGUCCAGCUUGAUUUUCAGAUUUCUGAAUUUAGGUUUCAGUUUUCAAAAUUUUCGAAAAUCUUGUCAAAAAUUUCUGUGGAACUUACUGAAGUCUAGAGCUCUCGAAGCUUCAAGUUUCAGACUUGAACUUCAAAUUUUCAGUUUCAGAAAUUCCGAAAAAUAUAAUUUUCAAAACAAUUUUCAAUUUAUAAUCUUCAAAAUUCCUUCCUCCCCCCAAAACCCUCCAAAUUUUCCAGAAAAGCCGCCAGUGUCUGUUUCGCCUCCUCAAUCGGCGAAGGCAACCAAAAAGACAGAUGUGUUCUAGCCGAAAGCGAUCUCUCACACAACGCCUGGGACAAAACCGGACCACUCAGAGAGUGCUCGAUCUGCAGAACUUUUGCCGCCGGUGCCAUCAAGGCCAUCAAGAGCACACCAGCCGAAGAUCAGAAAUGUAUUCGAACUGAGAUCAGUAAGGCUAUUGCCAGAGAAGCCGGAUAUUGUUUGCAGAAGAAGAUUCCAAAUUUCGCGGGUGUUCCGGAAAUUCCAGAUUUGGAGGAGGGAUCUUUCCAAUACAAGGAUUCUGUGUGAGUUUUUUUUUGCGUGGGGAGCUUGAAGUAAUUUAGGACCAUCUAAAUUCCAUAAAAAAUUCACUGUGGAAAUCCUGAACUCUUUCAGAUCUUCCAAAAAAUCUCUCGAGAUCUUACAGAGAUCUUUAAGCUCGGCAGGCUUUCUGAUAGGCUCUGCAAAGUGUUUUGAACUUCCCAAGAUCCCACUGGGUCAAUUUCAGAUCUACAGAUCUCUCAAGAUUCCAUUGGGCCCUUUUCAAAUCCGGCUGGGCCCCUUUCAGAUCUACAGACCAUCCAGAAUCUUGUUGGGCCUCUGUCAGAUCUUUCACAAAACCUCCCAGGAUCUCCCUGAACUCAUUUUAGAUUCACAGACCUCCCAAGAUCCCAUUAGGCUCUUUUCAGAAACCGCUUGGUCAUUUUCAGAUCUCCAGACCUUCCAGAGUCUCGUUGGGCCUCUGUUAGAUCCUUCACAACCUCCCUGGAUCUUCCUGAACUCAUAUUAGAUUCACAGACCUCCCAAGAUCCCAUUGGGCCAGAUUCAUAUCUAUAAACCUCCCGGGAUACCACUGGGCCCUUUUCAAAUCCGGCUGGGUCACUUUCAGAUCUACAAACCUUUCAAAAUCUCGCUGGGCCACUUUCAGAUCCUUCGCAGACCUCUCGAGAUUCCACUAGGUUACCUGAGCUCUAGGCUUUCCUUCAGGCUAUGUGAUUGCUCUGAUUGACAGGUUCAGCCAACCUCUUCCCCCACCAACCCCAAUUUCAUUCCAGCAUCUCCUCAAUCUCCGACCACAUCAUCAUCCAAUCCCGCUUGAGCUUCUGCGGUGAGCGCAAACCGCAACGCGCUCAAUCCACUCGCAACUGCCUCGCCUCGCCAUUCGUCGGCUACCUCGGUGGACACUGCAAAGUGCUCGCCGCUUGCGACGCCAAAUUCUCCGGAACCUGCGCACAAACCAUCCCAGUGACCAGAAAAGCUACUUGUGAAUGUAUCACUGAGGCUCGCGACGAUUUGAAGAAGAGAAUCGGAAGUAUCGCAAAUGUCUUCCAAGAUUUGUUGAAUGGUGGAAGAGGUUUGGCUAUUGGAUCGGCUAACAAGGUUGAUAUUUGUACAAGUCAAAUUAAAAAGCAAAUGAUCACACCAGUAAACGACUGGGUGAAUGUCAUUGAUACCGCUCUGUCGAGUUGUAUUCGUAACAAACCAGCCGGACAAAAUUUGGCAAUGGAAGCUUUGUUGAAUGUUGGAUGUAGAAAGGUUAUCGCUGAUACGACUGGAGCUGCCACCACUCAAUUGAAGACUGGCUUCGAUUUUGUUAACAAUUUGAUUGAUGCGAUGGUUCAAAGAAGUGGAAGAUUCUGUGGAGGAGCACAUUGUCUUCAAGGAUAG